AUGGCCAGUGACCCCGUUCGUGAAUAUGGCCUCAGCGCCGUGCCGUCUUCGGCAGAGAAGCUGAUCGCACCCGCCGUGCAGCGUCGCGGCACUCCCCCGGCGGCCCUGGUGUCCACGACGCCCGUCCCUCGGCUGGUGCAUCCCGACACCGUGCGCGACGUCAAUCACCGGUUCCCCCGACUGCGCUGGAGCGGUUGCUUUGUCGACACCCUGCGCCAGGAGAUCCGACUGAAGCCCUGGGCCCAUAGCACCACUCUCGGCGAAGAAGAAUUCCCGGCCAAGAUCUUGGGCAACCCCUACGCGGUGGAGUAUGAGUAG